AUGAAAGUUGGUGGUUAAAUUAUUUAUGGUGAAAUAAUACAAUCCAAGCAAAGGGUAUAAUUGAAAGUAGACACAACUUAAAAAAUUACAGAAAUGGAUCCUAAGUUGAUCAAAGCUUUUCUAAAAGAUUUUGAUAUUGAAGCAGAAGAUCAUUAUUUAAAUCCAGAAUUAUUAUUUUAAGCAGCCCAAGUAUUUUACAGAGUAACAGGACAUUAAUUAAAACUCAAUUUAGAAAUCACUUAAAAGUUCAUCGAAUCGACUGAUGUGCUUAAUCAUUCACUUGCAUUAAAAUGGGUGUAUUAAUUAUCAUCAGAAGAUGAAAGAGAGAAGGUUGAAGUUGCUUUCGACGCUAAUGAUGAUCCUUUAAAAAAAAUUGUACUGUUAAAUAUUGCUCUGGAAUAAAAAAAAGAGAUUUCAAUGUCUUCUUUACAGCUACUAGUUAGUGAUAAUUAAGAAAUAUUGUAUGGCUUAUCUUUAUAUAUAAUUAAAAGGCUAGAAGCUCAAGAUAUUUAGACAUUCAUUCCUCUUCUCUAAGCAAUGAUCAAACAAGCUGAAAUCAAAGCUAUUAAUUAAUUAAUCAUGAUAGAAUUAGUUAGCAAAGUGUUAGCAAAAUACCCAGAGCAGAGGAAUGAAAUCUUUAAUUAAUUAAUAUCAGACGAUAAAAUAAUUUAAAAACUAGAAUGGGAAUAAGAUUUUUAAAAUUACAUUUAAUAGGAUCUUUAAUACCCAAAUAUUAUUCUAAGAAAGACAAGAGAAGUAUAUCAAUAUACAAAUGAUUAAUAUGAGGCAAUAUUAAAUGAAUUUAAAAAUCAAUGGGAAGAGUAGUUAAGCAGCAUUAUGGCAUCUAGGUAAUUAGAGAUAUUAAGAGAUAAUUUUUUAGAGAGUACUAAUAUAAACUUAGAUUUGUUUAAAUCAUUGUAAAUCAAAGGAGAUGAAGAGGAUGAUAUUGAAAGCAUCACUAAAAACAGAAGAAAAAAAUAAGUUGUGGCCAGAAAAAAACUCUGUUAAACAACUAAUCAAGAAAAUUCUAAUACUAUGGCAGAACUUGAUGAAAAGUCGUAAUAGCCUCCCCCCCUACUUUCAUAAAAUUCACUUCCUACAUAACUUAAUUAAACAAACCCUUAACCUCAACCCCCUUAAAAUAAUUCUUGUAAUCCUCAACCUCCUCCUCCACCUCCGCUACCACCAUCACAAUCAGGCAAUCGUCCUCCUCCCCCACCUCCUCUACUCACUAAAACUGGUAAUCCUCCACCACCACCACCACUACCUCCACCCUAAAAAUCUGGUAAUCUUCAAUCUCCACCUCCACCUCCACUUCUACCUCCCGCAAAACUGCCUGAUUCUCAAAAAGCAGAAAUAAUUCAGCCAUUAUCUACUAAUAUUGAGUAUAAUAGAAUUAAUGGUCCUCUUAUUAAAGAAAAGCUUGAAAAUACCAUCUGGGGGAAAAAACCGAAAGAUAAUGUUAUUAAAGCAAAAGAAGAAGUUCUAAAACUAUUUAUAAAAAAAGAGGAAACAUAGAGAUAACAAGUGCAAGCAACAAGACCAAAGUUAGUACAAAAAGAAGUAGUUUCAUAUUUGGAAUCUUUUUAUCCGGCCUAAAAUCAAGUAUUGGAAUUAUAAAGUCUACGAAAUAAGCUUAAGAGAUUGAAUUUAGAGGAGACCAUGAAAUAGGUAAAUGAGCUUGAAUUUGUUGAAAAAAAUUAAGAUAAGGAGUUACUUGAUCAUCUCAACAAAGCUAUCUCUUAUAUAACUGUAAAGUUUCUUGAAGAACACCAGAGCAACAUAAACCUAGCUAAAACAAAAAGUUAAGAGUAUGUUUAAAAAUAACUAGAAGCGGAUAGAGAAUUAUAAAAGAAUUAGGGAGAAAGAUUAAAAACUUUAUCAAUUGAGGAAAGAGUAAAAGCUGAUCAAGAGUUUGAUGAAGAUUUGAGAAAGUUAUCACUUGACCUAUAAGCUGUUUUCAAAGAAAACGAUAUUGCACAAUUACUUUCAGAAGUUGAGCCAAAGUUGAAAUAACUUAAAAGUGAUCUUGAUAUUGCAGAAUCAGAGGAAUAGAAAAACGAUAUAUUAAUACAAUUAGAGAGUGUGCUUUUUGAAAAGCAUAAGCUACUUUAAUCAAAAAAUCUGAGUUAAGACAAAUUCUAACCUAACCAAAUUGAUACUCUUCUCAAAUAUAUACAUGAUAGAAAUCCUAGAAAAGCAAUUUAAAUAGAAUGGUUUUAUAAGGAGCAUCUUGAUCGAAAACACCAUAUUGAAGAUACAGUUACAUAAUUUAAAGAAGUGUUGGAAGAGCUUAAGAAGGAUGAAGAAUUAGUGAAAUAUUUCCAAUACGUCAAAGCAUACGGGAAGGUUUUAAAUAAUGCUCAAGAUGAUUAAAUUGGAUUUAAACUUCAUAAUGUGGCUAACCUCACAUGUAAAGGAAAAAAUUAAGAUGGAAAAUAAGAAGAAUUGUCUAAAUAUAUAGUAGAACAUAUGAUGGAAGAUGGGAUUGUUUUUAAGGACUUAUCAUAAACUCCAUUUAAGUAUCUCUCAGUUUUAUCUUCACCUAAUAAUUCUUUAAAAGAAAUUCAAAGUUUUAUUAUGUCCUAUAGAGAACAAAGGAAAUUCUUAGAAUCUUAAAGUAAAGAUGAGAAAAAUGAGGGUUUUGUCAAAAAAAUUUAGAAAUAUAAUUCAGAAUAUAGUGAAUUUAUUUUUUCCAUGGAGACUAUUUAUAAGAGCAAUGAAGAAAAAUUUAAACAUCUUAAGGAGUUCCUUUGUGAUGAUAGACAAAAUUUGGAAACUCCCAUAUUUUUCAAAGAUAUACUGACUAUUAAAUAAAUGCUCAGAUCCAAUUAUAAUGUUAUCAGAUAGGAAUAAAGAAGAAGAUUAAUAUAAGCUAGAAGGGCAGUGGCAUGA